UUGCGCUGUACUGAGAACAGGAAACGGCGGUUAGUUCAAUUUUACACCACCAAUAACCGUCACUACGAGCUGUCAUUUCUAUUUGUCAUCUUGUUUCGUACCUGUAACUGAUAAAUAAACGCAAAUCAGUAUUCUGGUUCAAAUAGCAAAAUUACGCGUGCACUCCACCGCAACAGAUGAGCUCAUCGUCUCAUAACUUUAUUAAUGUGUUAUGUUUUGAGGCAGUUCUAUGAGAAGUACGAAUAGAUUCAGUGAGUCAGAGCUGGUUUGUCGUGUAACUCCUGGCGUGUUAGUAGGCGAGGUUCUUCUUCCUCACUUUUUCCUCUCUCUCUCUCUCUCUCUCUCUCUCUCUCUCUCUCUCUCUCUCUCUCUCUCUCUCUCUCUCUCUCUCUCUCUCUUUUUCUUCAUUAUACCGCACUGUGUGCUGUAGUUCUGCAGCCACGUCGCAGACAGAGACAGCAUCGCCCUCACAAACCUCACCGUGUUCAGCUGGACCCACGACACCUUCAUCUCCUCGUACGGUUCGUCGGGCAGGCUUUUUAUAGUAAAAGUAGUUACUCGCCGCGGAUAAAUAGAGAGUAGUUCUCCGCUGUAGUCAUGGAUCCAGAGGAUGUGCAUUUCAGAUCAGAAGAACAUUCGUUGGGUGAGGAAGAGAACGAGAAAGCAGCCUUCGAGAGGAAGGAGGAUGGAGAGGAACACCGCAAAGCAGGGAGACCGCCGCUGUCCCGCAUCCCUACCUUUCAAAGCUCCCUGGGCCGCAAGCGAGUCACCGUCCAGAGUGCAGAGUCAUCGCCGAAGACGGAUGGAUCUAUCCAGCAGAGCCAAAAAGAGAGAGCUGGCUCUACGGAGGCUGGACGAGUGAAAAUGUCCUGCUCUGCGGGGAGAGAAACGGCGUUGCCCGUCCCAUCGGCUCGUUCACACACAAGCCCCGCUGACGUUCCCUCACAGGGUGACUUAUCUUGUCACGCCUCCGCUCUUUGGGCUCCGAAAAUAAAUCAAUCUCUUGAUCAAACGCCAGAGAUUACAAAAGACUGCGAUCAGGCCGACGCGUCACUAAAGCGACCCCCGCUCAGGAAUGCCUGCGAGGCCCCUGAUCUCGUCGUGGAGCCGGUUUCUGAAUUCGAAGCCACGAGCGGAGAGACCGUCUCAGAGGACGAGCAGACGUCGUCGCGGGAUGCCGCCGUAGAGGAUCUCAGCUCGUCUCAGGCGUCUGGUCAAGCCUGCGAAGACGCUGAGGACGGCUUUGAUGAUGGAAGCGUGGGGCGAUCGCAUCGGAUCGAAGAAGAUGGCGGCACGGGGAAGGAUGCGAAAUCUGUGGAAUGCGUUCCAGAUAAGGACGACGGAUCCAUACUCGGCGGUCAAGAUGAAACGGCUAAGAUCAAGAAACCUUCAGAUAGCAGAAAACGCUUUAAAGAAACACAGCAGGGAGGCGAAACCGUCAAUACUACUCAGACAAAACAAGCCAAGACCAGAACGUGUACGCCCUCCAAGGAGACGAAAGGAAGGAGCCUUUCCCUUUUCUGUCUCUUGCCCACCGUUCUCCUUCUUUCGGGUGGAUUUGCGUCACACAUCUGGCAGUAUGGAGUCCCUAAAUCUGCGUCGCACCUGAUGUCCCAGCUGGAGCUGCACUGGAUGGAAAGUUUCUGGACGCCUCAAGACGCCUGCCCUUCUGACUGUAGACUCACUCUAGUUGAGAGCGUCCCCGAGGGCCUCCGCUUCCCUUCCGGCUCGCCACACCUGCCCAGCAUUUCGGACACUUGGACUAAUCUACUAAACGGAGCCAACCGCUCUGUCCACAUUGGUGCGUUCUACUUCACGCUCCGAGAUUCAGAUUUGGGUCUCACAGAGCCCUCGUCUGUGCUGGGCAAAAAAGUGUUUAACCAACUGAAGCAGCUGGAACCGAAAGGAGUAAAGCUGAAGAUCGCUGUAAACGCCCCUCAGACGUACAUCGCAGACACGGACGAACUGGUAGCAACAGGGGCUGAGGUCAGGGGAGUUGACCUGCAGAGCAUCACCGGAGGCGUUUUGCACACCAAGCUGUGGGUUGUGGAUAAGAAGCACGUGUAUUUAGGGAGCGCAAACAUGGACUGGCGUUCCCUCACGCAGGUAAAAGAGGUCGGGGUGUCCGUGGAAGACUGCGGCUGUCUAGCGCAGGAUGCCUCUCGGAUAUUUGACGUAUACUGGGAAGUUGGAGCACAGAAAAAUGGAUCUCUUCCUCAUUUCUGGCCGGGCCGCUUCUCCGCUCUCUCCAGUUCUAAGUACCCAUUAGCUGUUAAAUUCAACGGUGUCCCUGCACGUGUCUAUUUGUCUAGUUCUCCUCCUGCUUUAUCAUCGUAUGGCCGUUCUGACGAUCUCUCAAGCAUCUUGUCAGUAAUCGCUGAUGCUCAGCGAAUCAUAUAUGUGUCCGUGAUGGACUACCUUCCCACGUCCCAGUUCUCAGAGCCCACUCGGUUUUGGCCUGUCAUCGACUCGGCCCUCCGCGAGGCGGCUUGUGCGAGGAAUGUGGAGGUCAAGCUGCUGGUCAGUUGUUGGAGCCACUCUCCCGGCGCCAUGUUUGUUUUCCUCCGGUCUUUAUCGGUUCUCAACGAGCCCCCUCUGAGCUGCAACAUUCACGCCAAAGUUUUCGAGGUGCCUUCAACGCGAGAGCAGCAGAGGAUCCUGUAUGCACGUGUUAACCACGCCAAAUACAUGGUGACUGAUCGGGUUGUUUACAUCGGAACUUCCAACUGGUCUGAGAAUUACUUCACCCAGACGGCUGGGGUUGGGCUUGUUGUGAAUCAGACGGGUUCUGCGGUAGGGCAGGGCCAGAGAACCGUUCAGAGCCAAAUGCAGGAGAUUUUCCAGAGGGACUGGCAUUCAGAAUACGCUCAGACCCUCGCCGGCGUUCACGCGGAGCACUGCAGCGGGAAAAAGCUUACAUAAUAUACCACGCUCUUUAUUUGUUAUGUUGCUAUGCAGUACGAUUGAAAAAAAGACAAACAAGAAAACACCAAAAACUCAAAACCCUGCGGCAUUCCUGCCUACUGAUAAAUUAUUUAUGAUGUAUGUAUUUGCCCAAAUGAUGCUGUGCAUUUUUAACGUUUGUUAUAAAAUAUGGCAUAUAUUCAUUCUAGGUUGUUGUUGUUUUUUUUUGAAGUGCAUUUAUUGUAUAUUAGCAUUAUGUGACAUUUGCCGGAAUAAGGACAAGGUCCUUGAGCAAGCACUGAUCUCUGAUGUUGAACUGGUUAAACUUGCAUGUAAAUGAAGUAUUGUUGCAAUGGGUGCCUUGGCUUUAAUGACUGUAGGGAUUGUUUUCAGAUUAAACUGCCUUUUUAGUAAGAAAAA